AUGAAGUUGUCUUCCUUUAGCAGUUAUGUCCUCUUGUCCUUAUUGCCAUUCACCCUCGCCCACCCAGGCAUGGGCGACUCUAUGAGAGAUAUUCGUAGAGCCGCGGCGCAAAUUGAACGCCGAAACUCCAAAGAACUGAUUGGCGACUUGAAAACACUCAAAGAUAGUCAACUCACCGCAAUAGGCAAGGACAUCAAAGCCAUUUUGCUUGAGUCCAAGUCUGCGGAGUCUAGUGUCAUUGACACAUCGAUUCCUCCGGGCACUGUUGAUAGUGCUGCUUGCAAGGCUGAUCUCUGCUGCGUAUGGAAGUGGAUAUCAUAUGAAAUGACUGCCAAAUUCAAUGGCACAUCAGGACGUUGCACCAAGUUUGCUCGUGGGGCCGUCCGUCUUGGCUUCCAUGAUGCUGGUGUCUGGUCGAAAACCUCAACUUACGGCGGCGCUGAUGGCAGCAUUCUUCUCACCAACGAGCUGGACAGGGCGGACAACAAUGGCCUGAAGGACAUCGCAGACUACACCAAGCAAUUGUAUAACAAGUACAACAAGUAUGGUGUCAGCAUGGCUGAUCUGAUCCAAAUGGGUGCCAACAUUGCUACCGUUGUAUGUCCGCUAGGACCACGAAUUCGCUCAUUCGUUGGUCGCAAGGACAAUGCCAAAGCCGGGCCUACAGGUCUCUUGCCAGGAGAGACCGACUCAGCCGAUAAGCUCAUCAAGCUCUUCGCAGAUAAGACGAUUGACGCGCAUGACCUCGUCGCUCUUGUGGGCGCUCAUUCUACAUCUCAACAACACUUCGUCGACAAGGCCCGUGAUGGCGAUCCGCAAGACUCCACACCUGGAAUCUGGGAUGUCGCGUUCUAUGGCGAGACAACGACCGCGGCGCCACCUCGUGUCUUGAAGUUUCAGAGUGAUAUCAACCUCUCGAAGGACUCUCGGACGAAGAGCGAGUGGCAGGCUUUCAUCAACGGACAGGGCCAUUGGAAUGCAGAUUACUCGACAUCGUACACUCGUCUCUCGCUCUUGGGAGUCAACAAUAUCAACGACCUGAAGGAGUGCACGAAGGUCUUGCCACCAGCUAGGAAGAGCUUUGUCAGUCAGGAUCAGGCUGUUCUUGAUUUGUGGCUACAGGGUCAAUUCGACCAAUUGAACAACAUGGUUGACGAUGCUAUCAUGUUGACCGGUGUGAUCACUACACCACCCAAGGUCACCAUGACAUAG